AUGUGGCUCCAGAGAUCAGCCCAUCGGUUACCAUCGGUUCGACCGCACAUUCAAACUGUCGCCGCUAGGAGAUCAUGGAGCUCCACUCCAAAACUCAGCUCGCCUGAGCAGCCGAGCAAAUACCGCGAAGGGAUGGCGACCUACCGGAGUUUCGCAGGGCCUUUCAGCAAGGUCUUCUUGGGCGCUGUGCUCACCUAUCAAGUCAUCUAUUGGACGUGGAUGAAGCUUGAAACCGACGAAGAGAAACUGGAGAAGAACACCGAAGUUGCCGCUCUCGAAAAGCAGGCUCGCGAGUUGGCAGCAACCAAGAAAUGA